UAUAAUCUUAUUUUAAAGAUUAAGCCUCCUGUUUUAUAUCGGAAACUUUAUGAUCUGACAUUACAGUUUCUUUGCCUGAUUGUGCUCAAAUUGGUCGAUGCAAUGAUGCCUUUUUUUUUCUUCAAUUGCCAGUUUGAUUAUCAGCUGGGCUUUUUUUGUGUGUGUGGUUUGUGUAUGAUGCAAAAUGUAAUCCAUCAAGUAUAUAUAGUUAUAGCUAAAAAAGAUCAAUGUAGAGCAAAAUGUGAAAAUAGUCUGAGGAGUAAUGAGAGCUGGAUGGAGGUGACAGAGGCAGGGGAAGGAAAAAAAAAAACGAGACAAUAGGACGAGCAGGAGGAGAAGGCAGGCAGUGUUCACCUUGAGAUGUACUGAGUAGGCUUCCAUCAUUUUAACCCACCCAAACAGAACAACACACGUUCUCCUCGGAGUAUGAUUUUUUAGAUUGUUGCCGCAAUCACGAUUUCAUGUCUUUAAAAAAAAAGAGAGAGAGAGAGAGAAAGAGAGAGAGAGAAUAUGCUUACCAUGCUUUAGAGAAAGAGUGACAGUUGGCAACUGCUGACGUGGUAGUCGGAUUAAUUGUUUUUUUUUUUUACAAGAUAUAAAUAUAAAACACCAUAUUAGAGCCCAAAAUGUGUCUCUCUGCUCGUUAUGUGCGUGUCUGUGGAAUAUGAAGUGCUCUCCUCCAUAUGAUGCAUAUUAGGCCUGUAUCCCAGGCUGAUCAAUAGAGCUGAGUCUGAGCCCGGCUCAGUGGGCAUUUGGACGCCUCGCUGGCCGUUUGUAUCCGCGGUGACUUAUUUUGUACCAUCAGUUUUUUUUUUAGCUCGAAAAGGGGUUUUUCAGCUAUAUGCAAAAGCAACCUUGAUAUGACAGAUAUGGCAUUACAGCAAAAAAUCAGUGGAGCAGUCUAAUGAUUUGUUUUCUCUUAUAUUUCUGUUGGACUAGAGUGUAAUGUCAGUAGCCUGUUUUGCAUCGUGUAAUUCUUAACCGGGCUCUACAUUUUUUCUUGAUAAUAGAAAUAUAUGUAUGAUAAAAAAAAUUACCUCGAUGUUUCUCCUUUGACAGAAAAGAUGAUCGGGGGCUACGUUUUUGGCUGGAGAAGCCUGCGAUCGAGUGAAUGCAACACAUAGAUCUGAAGGAAAGGACUAUUAUAUGGGUUGCAUUUGAUUUUCCUGACCUGCCCCAAUCCGGAUUUCGGAUUACUCAACAUUCUUCGGAAUGGAAGGACGGGAUUUCGCUGCUCCGGCGCACCUCCUAUCAGAGCGGGGCGCCCUGGUGCACCGAGCCGCCUCUCGGAUCGCUCCCUCGGGCCACAGCUCUGUGCAGCAUGCCGGUCACUUCCCGCCGGGGAAAUACUACCCCUCGCACAUACCAAUGGCUCCCCAUUCAGGCAGUGGAUUGAUGGGCAAUUCCUCCGCCUCCUUCAUGGGGACCUUUCUGGCCAGUAGUCUGGGUUCCCCCCCUUCCCACCCGUCUCACCCUUCCCGGCCGCCCUCCUCGCCCUCCUCACCUUCCUUCCGGGGCGGACCCCAUUCCAGCGCCUCACAAAUCUGGUUCCCCCAUUCGCAUGAAGCUGCUCCAGGGUAUCCUCGAUUCUCAGGGAGUCUGGCCCACACUUUCCUACCCAUGAGCCACUUGGAUCACCAUGCCAACAGUGGAGUUCUCUAUGGGCAACACCGUUUCUAUGACACCCAAAAAGAGAACUUCUAUCUUCGAGGUCUCCCGUCCCAGCCACCUCUCAUCUCAGCCAAUCACAGUCUGCCACCGAUGUCCAGGGCAGGUUCAGGACACUCUCAGGGGUCCUGCAGCAGAGAUAGAGAUCCUGGGGUAGCAGCAGGUCUACAUAAGGGUCUUAAAGAGGGGUCUGUGGAGAGAGGAGUAGUACCUGUCAAGGACAAGGAGAGGUCCAGUAGCAAACAGGAGGCAAAGGAGAGACAGCAGCAGCAACAGCACCACAGUCACCAGCCACCCCAGCCCACACACCAUCACCAUUCCCACUCCCAUCAGCAGCACCCACACUAUCCACAGCAUCCACUGCCCCUGGAGGAGGUCAACAGUCGGGCACUGGAGAGGCAUAAGGCAUCACUCACAAUGGAGUACAGCAAGGAACACCCUCAGAGUAUGGGCAAGCCCCUCAGUGCCUGCUUACACAAUGGCAAGAUGCAAAAUGGAGAUGCAGGAACUGGAGCAGGGGCUAAGGCCUCCAUGUCCAGCUGUGGAGGGGAGGGCACAACCCUUGGGACUAUGGGAGGUGGGGGGAGCGGCCAGGGCAGACAUAUGGGGUCCAGUGGCAGUAGUCGCUGUACCAAAGAGGGGGUAAGUGGGGAGAUGAGGAUCAGUGAACAACCCUCAGACUGUCUGGAAAGGGGUCAGGCACCACUCCACCACUCUCUGUCCUACUCUGUACCCCCACCCUUACAUAUGGGUUCUGCUGCUGGAGGGGCACACCCCCACCCGCAUCCUCAUGCUCAUCCCCAUACACAUCCUCACCCAGGGGGCUUCCACUGCCUUCAACUCCAUCCCAGCCACCCACACCACCCACAUCAUUCCCAUCAUACACACCACCACCCAGACUUCUUCUGUCCGCCCCCUCCUGCACCUCUAGCCAAUCCUGCCUCACAUGAGAGGGGGCCAGCCAAUGCGGGGCGAGAACCUAAAGUCACAGGGCCUACAUUUGUGCCAUCUGUGGCAGACCUGGGGGACAAAUCCAGCGGGCCAUUCCAGCUUGGUAACCCUGACUGCCAGGGUGUGGGCGGUGGAGGGGGAGGCGGCAAUACAAAGGACAAAGUAAUAGAAAAGAGUGGAGGUGGUGGACACCAUAGUAGUUGGCACAGAAAGCAGCAACAACAGCAACAGCAGCACCCAUACAGAAAGACAGAGAAGGCUCCAGAAUGGAUGCAGUCCCACCACCAACACAUUCAGCCCUCACAGCUUCCUCAACCUCCCCAACAACAGCCUCCACAUCCCCAACAGCAGCACCAGGUUGUACGAUCACGCAGUGCUGAGUGUAUCAACAGUGGUGUGGACAUGGAUGUGUUCAGACCCUCACUACCCCAGGGACCCAAGACUGGACACUCUGUUCCUCAUUCUGUCAACACUUCUCCUUACAGAGACUGUUCCCAUCCAGGACCCCCACCUAACUCCUCCCCACUUGGAAGUAAAAGCAUGGGUCAACAUAGUGGGGCUGGAACAGCCCAUGGCCCUGGACCUGGAGGUAGCUGCUCCUUACAGAGAGAUGGACAAAAGGUAGCCAGGAUUCGCCACCAGCAGCAUGGCCGACCUGGCCCAGAUGCUGCUUCUCCAGCUGAGCUGAACCAGGCAACUAAUCAGGAGAUGAAAAGAAAGAUGGACAUGUCCACUUAUGGUUACAGUAACAGCAGUGGGCAGCAGCACCACCACCAGCAGCCCCCAGUGCCACCUUGGGCCAUGAGGCCACCCCACCACAUGUCACAACCAGAGGAGGAGCAGAGGAAGUCCUACAUGGAGUUAGGGGCCACUGGUGGGCAACAUUCUCAGCAGCAGCAACAGCAGCAGCCGGGAAUUAACCUGCCUCCUCCUCAGCCUCCCCCUGCACCUCCCCUCAGUCAGCAACAGCAGCAGCCUCAGCAGCAAUCUGAGCCCCAGGGCCCAACUCAGGGGGAGAGCAGUGCCAUGAAAAGCUUACUGAAGUACAGCAACCAGCAACAGCCACUGCUCCUCUCCCAAAAAAGCCCCUUUGGGGGACUGGGAAGCCUCAAAUCAGGUCCUGCUGGGGGGAGCUGUGCCCUACAGGGUAAUAAACAGACUCUACCUUCCAGGAAGGGCCCAGCCAAUGACAACGAGCGCCCUGAUUAUAAUGGGCGGGGCCGGGAUAUUGGGGAAGCAGGUCAUGGGGAAAGUGAGGUGCGGCAGCCACCAGUGGGAAUUGCAGUGGCGGUGGCCAGACAAAGGGAGCCGACUUGUCGUUCAUCAGACAGUCAUCCCAACAGCCGACAAGGCAGGGUACAUCCCUCUGUGAAAGGACCACCGCGCUCCAUGUAUCCUUCAGACCCUACCGCCGAGGAGGAGAGGAAGAGGAUGAGUGGGGAACAGAUAGGUCUGACUUGUUUAGACAGAGAGAGAGAUGCAUAUAUCAGGGAUAAUAAGGAAAGGGUGGAGUUUGCAAGGAUCCACCCCUCCAACAGCUGUCACGGGGACCUCACCUCUCAUCUCAUGGUCCCAGGCGGGACUUCCCUUCAGUCUGGCCAAUUAGGAGAUCCUGCUGCACAUUCUGCUCACCAUCAUUGGAUGCCAAGAACUGGAAGCCCAUCCCUCUGGAUGACAGGACACUCUUAUGCAGGUAUAGGUCAUACAGCCCUGCACCAGAAUCUGCCCCCAGGUUUUUCUGCAGCCAUGUCAGGCCCUCUACAGCCAGUCCUGCCUCUGCCUCAGGACCCCUCUGCCCAACUGGUGGUCCUGCCCACUGACCCUCCUGCCCAUCCUGCAACCCAUCACCUGGAUGUGAUGGAGCAGCCAGGGCUGUGGCCCCCUGUGUAUGGUGCCCGGGGCCCACCCUCCCACAUGCAGCAUCCUGCUGUGUACUCCCGAUCCCAGUUUCUACGGCAACAGGAGCUGUACGCUCUCCAGCAGCAUCAACAGCUCCAGCAUCAGCAUCAACAUCAACACCAGAGCCACCAGUCACAGCAACCACAACCACAGUCCCAACCCCAGCAGCAGCAGCACAGACCUGCACAUGUCAUGGACAUGCAGCAUCAAGCCACACACAAUGCACAGAUGCAGAAGAGACCAGAUGAGGCCUCAGUUGAACUGGAAGAACUUAUUUCAGAACCCAGGACAUCUAAACCUGCCAAGCCCUACUCAUACAACCCAACUCAGAGGAAUACCUCUCCCCCUGGGGCUUGCACUGCUCACCUGUCCCCUUGCUGCCAGUCCCCGUCACUGCGGCCGCAUCCCAAAAGCACUCCUUCUACACCUUGCCCUGCUCCCAGCCCUGCUGUUACAGCCCCUCACUCACCUGCCAUCAGCCCAGCCCCACCUCAGAUGCCCAAGGGGGCAGAAUCCCUGGACAAGAGAGGAGAAGGGCAGCCCCCGCAGGACUACCCAGAGUCUUUGGAGCCUGACUUGCCCCCUGGAUACACUUACCCUGCUAUUGCAAUUGGCUACAGGAGUGGGCCCUCCCCCCAGGAUGUUCAACUGGCUGAGCCAGCUGACCUGGAAGCAGUCCAAGUGGAGCCUGCUGAGCAUGCUCCCCAGUCUCUCUCCAGCCUAGGGGAGGAGCUAGACUGCCAAGCAGUGGUCAGGCCCCUCCCAGAGCCACUCCCACCCAAUGAAGGGGAGCAGGAAGAGGAGGAAAGAGUGGUUGAGAGAGUUCUGGAACAGAGGGAGGAUGUUGAGGUCUCAGUGGUGUCAGCAGCCAACUAUGUGCCUGGAGAGAAGGAGGUGGAGGAGCAGGGGCCCGCCGAGGAAGAGGUGCUGGUUUGCCCCCCUGCCGACAGCCCGGUGUGCGAGGCUGCUUCCUGUCCAGUCCCCCUCUCAACAGAGGAGCCUGAAAGGCCAGAAGCUGUCAUCACCUUGGAAGAGGAAGAGGAUGAUGAGGCAGUGGGUGAGGAGAGCCAGGUGGAGCAUGCUCAAAAGGUCAACAUGCCUGGAGAGCAGGAGCCAGAGCUGGCCACCAUCAUUGAGCUUGACCCUGCUUCCCCUGCAGCCCCUGAGCAGCAGUCCUCAGCCCCUGAGGAAGCAAAGGAUCACGAGCAGCCGCGCGGGAACAAGACGACCCCUGAUGACACCUCAGUGGAUUUAGUGUGUCUUUCCCCUGCCUCAGCUUCCACCCCUAGCCCAAGCCAGGCAACUGUCACCGUGCCCCACAAACCUCUUGUGCCCUGCUACUGGAGUCUGGAGCUUCUGAUUGCUGCUGCUUUCUGCACAGAUGUACCACCAUUUCCCUUGUUCCCUUUCAGCACCCCAUCAGUUGCCCCGUCACAGCCCAACCCCCACCAGGGUAUGGAGCUUUUGAGUGAGCUGGCAGAUCUGGAGCUGCAACAGCAAAGGCACACCUGUGGGAAAAGCCAGGAAGAGGAGUUGCUAAUGUUUGACCUCCAGAGCCUUGCUACCCUGGCCACAGCCCGAGCACUGGAGAUGGGCUCCCAGGAGGACAACAGUACAGGUUCAGGUCGACACUUCCCAGCCCGCAGGAUCCUCAAUUUACGUAGGAAAUGUAGCUGGACACCUCGGAAUGAACCAGUGUGCCCAGCUAAAGGUAGCAUGGAAACAAUGGAUGGUCCGGAGCUUGCAAUGCGUGUGAAGUUGGCUGAGCUACAGCGUCGCUACAAAGAGAAGCAGAGAGAGCUGGCCAAGCUUCAGAGGAAACACGAUCAUCAGAAGGAGGAAACACCUCGCAGCCCAGCACGACGAGGACCGGGUCGGCCAAGGAAGAGGAAACCCACCCUCACUAUGGGUCCAGUGUCCUCAUCUGAGAGCCAAAGAAAAGUCAAGUCGAUGGGGGCGGGACAUUCCCUGACACCUGAGGACCUAGGAGGGGGCGGAGACAGCCAGAGAAGGAAGAAGAGGCUGUCCAGUCGAGGUUUUGAGCGACUCAGCAGCACACAGCAGAUAAAAGCGCAGGGCUGCAGAAAAAGCGGUCUUCACAGUGUGCUCAGCUCCAAGCUGGCCGGUGAUGUGGCUCAGCUCAAACAGAAGGCCCAGGCUAAAAAGAAUCUCUCAGGGAUGGGCUCCAGGGACAAGGAGGUUUCACCCUGCAACUCCAACCCCAAGCAUGGACACAGAAGCCAGGGCGCAAGCAAAGCUGAGUUCAGGCGAGAGUCGGGGGGACAAAGUGACACAGCAGCCAGUGUGGACAGUGGCCCCCAGGAGAGCUGGACUGGACUGGUGCGGCGGGGACGUAAAAAGGGAAGCACCACCCUGACACAGGGUUCCUCCCGUCUGAGCCAGCCCAGAGCGAGGGUUCUUCGUGGCCAGAGACAGGAGCCAAUGGAGGUGGGAGAGAGCUCCCCUCCAGAGAGUGACUCCUCUGAUCAAGAAGAAGAAGAAGAGGAAGGCAGUUAUGACACUGAUGAAGGUCAAGACUUCAGAGUCCAACCCCCCAGAGAUGUUACUUCUAGCUCCUCUGUGACAGGUCCAAGUCCCUCAUCUGUUGUAAAACUAGAGGCCAAUCAGAAAGCAAGGAACAAAAAACAGAGACAGGAGCUUUAUGGCUCCCAGAGUCUGUCUGGAGCAGAGGGGGAGGUCAAAGUGAGGAAGAAGACCCCCUGUAGGCUGGGUCUGGCCACUGCAGUCAAAAACCACCAUGAAGAUCACCGCCCUGAAGGGGUUAGGAGGCCUUGCGGACCUAGGUCCAAGGAGCCUCGGUGGGGCAGCCAUGGGACCAGAGGCAACCGCUACCGGAGGAGCAUGGGACUGGCCACCUUUCCAACCACCAGUGAGAGGCUAAAGAGGGCGACCCGCAAGAGCACUAUGCUGAGAGGAGCAAUCAAUAAGCGGAGAAAUUGCUGGUCAGUCCAGUCCCCCUCUCCACACAGUGAGGAGGGCUGCAGAGGCCGAAGGGGCAGGGACCAACAGCCAAAGGGAAGAGCAGUGAGUCGGCUGCUGGAGAGCUUUGCGGCUGAUGAGGGCUUUCAGAUGGAUGGCAGCAGCUUCUCGGAAGAAGAGGAGGACAACAGCUGUUCAUCCAACAAGAGUCUUGAAGCUCCUAAUUGUGUCCUGACCAAAGAACUCUUAACUGAUGGACUGAAGGUGCUGAUCUCAAAGGAGGAUGAGCUUCUAUACGCUGCCAGGAUCCACACUCUGGAGCUCCCAGACAUCUUUAGCAUUGUUAUUGAUGGUGAAAGAGGAAACCGCCCAAAAAUCUAUUCAUUGGAGCAACUGCUACAGGAAGCUGUCCUGGAUGUACGUCCAGAGUCAGAGGCUAUGCUCAGUGAAGGAACCAGGGUGUGUGCUUACUGGAGCGAACGCUCACGCUGCUUAUACCCGGGCUACGUUCGCAGAGGUGGUUCAUCUGAUGAGGGGAAGCAAGGAGGAGUGAUGGUAGAGUUUGAUGAUGGAGACAGAGGAAAGAUUUCUCUCCCAAACAUCCGCCUCCUGCCACCAGGAUACCAGAUUCACUGUGGGGAGUCACCUCCUGCCCUGCUGGUACCCAGCGGGACCGCAGCCAAGAGAUGUUCCAGUCUGGAGCAGGCCCCCAUCAGUGACAGACCCUCUGACAGACACAACACUAUUAAUACUGUAACCAACAAUCAACCUCUAACACUUCACAAAAGAAGACCAGGGAGACCAAAGGGUUCUGGGAAAAAACAAAAGCAGCAGCAGGCUGAGAAUGCAAAUAAAAAUGCUUCACUUUUCCUGGGUUGGCCUUCAUUGGCCAACACCAGGAAGAGGACAUCCGACAAUCUAUUUCAACUCAAUGGGACACCCAGGAAGGCCUUGAGAGGGAAGGAGGAUGACCUAUUCCCCUUGCCUCAGAUCCAGCCACUGGCCUCAACCCCAGCCAAAGGGCUUUUCAGCAGCAGCUCCUUUGAGGUGGACUCCUUCAGCAGCAUUGCAAAUGGCUACUCCUCCUUUUGUACUCAGUCCACAGGGCCAGGUCCAGGUUUAUCUCUGGGCCCUAGAGGUGGGCUCUAUGGCCAGAGGCGCAGGCAAGAUGAAUUGGUAAUGCCAAGGAGCAGGAAGUCUGGACAAGAGUUCCUGGUCAAGUUAGAUCAUGAAGGAGUGACCUCCCCUAAGACAAAGAACAGCAAGGCUCUGCUGUUGCGAGGUGGAUCUUCUGGUGUGAGUGGUAUGCCCAGGACAGAGGCUUACUCACAUCCAGUUCUGCUGGUUAAAGACAACAAAAAGGGUGGUGCCUCCAGGGUAGAACUACUCCUGAAAGGGACCACACCCCAAAGAAAGCCCUCCCCUUCUCUGCGUCUGGGGGAAUAUGGAGACCUGGGCUUCAGCUCCCACCGAGAGUGUCACAGCUCCUACUCUGAUCUGGAUGAUGAAGAGGAGGAAGAAGAAGAAGAGAGGAGGAGGGCUUCACUGGCUGCAGCCUCAGGAGGACUAAGGACAGCUGGCCGUUUCCUCUCUCGUCUCUCUGUCUCCUCCUCCUCUUCUGGUUCUUCCAGCUCCUCCUCUUCAGGCUCUCUCUCCAGUUCCAGCUUGUGUUCCUCUGACAAUGACUCCUCCUAUAGCUCAGAGGAUGAGGAAAGUUCUACUCUAAUGCUGCAAAGUUGUCUGUCUUCCCACCGGGGACUCCUGCAACCCACUGAACCCUCCACUUCUUCAAGGCCACACCAGCACUCCUUUGUGGCUAAAGCUGUGGCUGUUUCCAAUAGCAAAGGAGUCCUCCCUGAACAGGUCUCCAACAGCAAGUCCCUGAAGAGGAAAGAAUGCAGCAGCUCCACCUCUAAACCAUCUAAGGAUUUUGUGAAGAAACCUAGGAUGCUCCCUGAUGACACUUCAUUUAUUCCAAGGCCCAAGAUGUCUGCAUUCCUUGCAGGGCGACAAAGUUGGAGGUGGUCAGGAAACCCUACUCAGAGACGAGGUCUAAAGGGCAAAGCCAGAAAGCUUUUCUACAAGGCCAUUGUGCGAGGCAGAGACACAGUGAAAGUGGGAGACUGUGCUGUGUUCCUCUCAGCUGGACGCCCUAACCUCCCAUAUGUAGGUCGAAUCGAGAACUUCUGGGAAUCCUGGACCUCCAGCAUGGUGGUCAAAGUCAAGUGGUUCUACCACCCUGAAGAGACCAAGCUAGGCAAAAGGCAUCGUGAUGGCAAGCAUGCCCUGUACCAGUCCUGUCAUGAGGAUGAGAAUGAUGUCCAGACAAUCUCUCAUAAGUGUCAGGUGGUGAGCAGGGAGGAGUAUGAGUGUCUGACUCGCAAUCAGAAGCCGAACAGUACCUCCCCAGACCUCUACUACCUGGCUGGGACGUAUGACCCCACCACUGGUCAGUUGGUCACUGCUGAAGGGGUUUCCAUCCUGUGCUGAACCUCCAUAAAGACACUACUGAAGGAUUCCUCUGGAGGAAGGAUCAUAGUCCAAUACUUUACCUACAAGACCCUCCAGCCAUGUGAGACGACACGUGUUCCUUGGCUUCAAGGACCAACACCAAAGCAGGGCUGUCUGGGGUUACACACUGGAAUCUAUUGGUGUCUAACCUUCAUGGAAGUGAAGGGGAUGUCCAUAUCUAGUUGAUCGUGUCAAGAAGAAUGAUAGAAGUCUGGGUCUUCCUGGGCAUCACAAAAUUCAAUAACUGGUGUUUUAUUGGUCUAACUAAUCUCUUUUUAAUAUAUACCAUUUGAGUGACAGCUUCAUAACUGGUUUUUGAACUCAAGCUCCCAGCUCCUAUCAUAUGUCACCAAAGGAGAGCUGAGAGUGCAUUGGACUGUGCAAAGUACCAUGAGGCUAAAUGGUCUCUGAGGACCAAUUAUUUAAAAGGUAGCCUUACCUGAGGGAAUGAAAAAGAAAGUGAGGCUGGGGGCUCUCCCCAGACCUCAUCAUUCCAGGGAAGUUGAAAACAUGUAAAGGAUGUAAAGUUGAUGUCUGUAAAUAUUUUGAAUUUUUCCCAAUCAAGCCAUACACUUCAGUACCUCUCGCCUGUCUUAACUGUUCAGGUGUACAUUGUACAGUUGAAUUAUUGUAUUGUUGUCUGUUGUCUAUAUGUACAUAAAAGCUAUUUUAUAUAGGAGUUUAUUGUAUAUAUGAGAUGUAUCCAUGUUUGCGAUUGAUUUAUUUUUAUAUGGGUGUAGAAUAUGUUUUUUUUUGUUGUUGUUUUUCCUUUGCUUUGGGAAAUUAAGAUUGAAGAUGUUAGUGUUGCACUGCAUAUGCCCUGCUGAGACAGAGACAGACAGAGCACAGACAAAGACAGAAGGAUUUAGUCUAUAACAGGAAAAGACUCACUUUCUGAGAGAUAUGGGGUCAUCCUGUUUAAAAAUAGGUCAAGUGGCUUUUUGUAUAAGUGUUCUGUUACUUCACAUUUUUGUUAUCCUAUCCUUUUUAUUUAUGUACCUCUCAGUUGGUCAUCAUCACAAGGCAGAUCCCACUGGACUGCAAUCACGGGUCAAAAAUGAUUUAAGAUUAAUGAUAUGAGUAUACCAUUUUGACACAAUAUUUGUGUGUGAUGAGUGUCCUGGCAUCACAAUAAUCAUGUCCACACAAAUCAAUUCAGAACAAAACUGGGUCUUUUAAUGAAAAUGUGUUAAAUGUGCAUUGCACUCAUGAAUGCAUAGCACAUAAUAACCUACAAAAUACCAAAGUGUCUUUAAUAUCUUUAUUUCCUCUAUUUAAAUUUAACAUGUCAAGCACCUGUAUUGAACUCAAAUCAGAAAUCACUGGUAACUUAUAGAAUACUUGUCCUCCACUAUGUGCAUAUAUAUUGGCUUUGUGACAAUGAUUUCUUGCACAUGUACCUGCAGUUUUGGCUAGUGCAAAAAAUAUGCAGCAAAAGGCCACCUGGGAGUGUGACUAUGAAGUUCAAGGUACUGACAAAGUAAGAGGUUGUGUACUGACAAUAUGUUGGAAUUUGUCUAUUUUAGUUUCAUCAGCCAUCUAUGUCUUUUGUACAGUACACGCACAUACUCAAUGCUAACUGUGAAGGACAAUCAGAUUCACAAAGCAAUGGACAUAGAGUAGGUUCACUCAAUCUGAAAAUUACUUAAGUUUAUUUAAUUUGUGCCAAGUACAUUUUGUCUAUUUUUGUCUUGUUUGAUAUGCAAUCCUGAGUAUUCUUUGUUCACAAAGGUUUAUUUUGUUCGCCAACAUUUUAUUUAUUGUCAGUGUUGCUGUUUGUUCAUGCCAAGAGCGCUUUAUGAGAAUGUGACAUUGUUUUUUCUUGGUGUGAUGUCGCAUUUGCAUUUCUUAAAUAAAACUGGUCUUGUAGAGGCCAUCUAGUGAAAAGAAAUAAAGCAACACUGGAUUCUUCUCAUCCACAAA